AUGCAUAAGGCGGCCCACAGGCUGUCUGAGAGAGGGCUCAGAGGAGGAGGAGGCGGGGCUUUACACUCACCGGAUGUCCUGAUUGGACACAAGACUCGCCUCCGCCUCACCAUUGGCUCCACGCGCCGUCACUCCGGAUCCCUUCUCGUCGCCGCUUCCCGCGCCAUCCGGCGUGCACGCGCAAGCCGAGAGCAGGCACGUAUCCGCUCGGAGACUGUCUGGAGUCUGUCUGAAAUUGAUCAAAUUGACGAUGGAGUUGUUUUUGUCUUUUUCUUAAAACACGUCUUCGCUCGCUGUGAGAGAAAGGCUGCCCGCCGGACACGGGGACCCACGCUCCCUCCUGCCUCAGACGCCUUCGCCCACGAGUCGCCACGCUCAGCCAAAAAUACAUAUAUUUCCCAGAUAAAUGCUGUGAAAGUUUUUUCUCCCGCAGUCUCUCAGCAGACAGCUCUUUAUGCACAGGGUUCAAGAGCAGUGCACCAUCCAGAAAACAGGCAGUUUUUAGUGUCAUGCUGCACAAAGAGGAGAACCAUGGUGUCUUGCAGCCCGUCGCACCCUCGUGUCUGUGACGCUGGAGUGUGUCCACCCAAAACGGAUCAGAGCGGGCUGCGGGGGUUUGUGCCCUCUGCCGCUCCCCUCCCUGCACUGGCGAUGGAACCGGAGGCUGUGCGUAAAAGCUGUGGGAGAAGUGGAGGAGCAGCAGCAGCAGCAGCAGCAGCAGCGAGACUGAGAUUGUCUCACACGUCACCAGCGCGCAGUACUAUGGAGCAUAGUACUACAAAAGGUGACGCGCAGGAGGAGGAUUUGUGAAUGGACGCCGUGAUGUGUGCCAGCUCACAGAUCAGAGGGCGGUGGGACCUCUGCAGAUGCACCCCAUCCCUCUC